AUGUCUCAAAGUGAUCAGCUUGACUUGGAGGUGGUUGCUGUGAUGGUGCCCACCUACCAUAUAAUUGUUGUUUCUCUGUACCACUCGCCUAGUGGUAAUUUUGACAGCUUCUGUGAUCUUUUUGAACGUUUGUUGUUAUCAUUGAAUAGACACUCUAAUAACUACAGUUUUGUGAUAGCAGGUGAUUUCAAUGUGAAUUUUAUUUGUGAUGAUCAAAAAUCAAGGUAUGUCAUAGAGCUUUUGAAAUCUUUUGGCCUAUACAUCACUUGCAACGAGCCUACCAGAGGACCUUCCUGUUUGGACAAUGUUGCAGUAAGUUUUCAACAGGAUGUCUGUGAGACAAAGGUGAUUGACCUACAUGGUGAUGACCACUCUGCACUGGUGUCAAAUUUUUCAAUGUCUGGCUCUUCCAUGGUGAGUGCUGCAACACCUACUUGGCAUGCUAAUUAUGUUUUCAGUUCAAGGCGUGUGCAUGAAACUGCUUUGAUUCACUUUAAAAAUGACUUGGCGAGAACAUCUUGGGAUGCAGUAUUUCAGAACCCAGGUGACUCUGGUUUACUUGGGAACUUCUUCAAAUUCUUCCAGGAGAAAUUUGAUAAAUUUUUUCCAGAAAUUCUCAAGACAUACAGCUCUCGGCGACCACAGAAGAGACAGGGCCGUAUGAAGAGUCAUCAGGAGUGGUAUAAUGAUGAUCUUGCUGCGAUCAAGGAAGUUAUGUUGGCUCUAAAAAAUAGGUGUGAAGGUGGUGAUGAUGGUGACAGGAGGAGAUAUAGACGUGCUAAAUCCAUCUACAAGAAGCAAGUUGAGUUGGCUAGGAAGGUAGCAACAGCAGCCAAAAUUGACAAUGCUCCAAACCGCUGUAAGGCAGCCUGGGAUGUUAUAAAUUCUCAUCGUUCCUUGCCAGUGAGAAAAUUGGAGUUUGCGAGUCCGGAUGCAUUCAAUGAUUUCUUCAUUGAAUCAGUGAAUAGCAUUGUAGGUGAACUGCCCACUGCUGCUGCAGACCCUGCUGAACUACUGGCUGCACGAGUUCCAGCAGUGCAUGCACGCCUCUCUUUCUUCCGCCCCAUCACUUCAUUGGCCCUGAGGAAGAUUGUCAAAUCAUUCAAGCCAUCGAAAAGUCCUGAUGUGUAUGGAAUGUCUGCAUUCAUGCUUCGUGAGGUGAUUGAGGAAAUUGUUGAUCCACUUGCUGUGGCAGUUAAUGAUUGCCUGAGGACUGCCAUCUUUCCAGACUUCUUGAAAACAUCUAGAACCACUCCGGUUUACAAGAAGGGUGACCACCAGAGCCUAAACAGCUACAGGCCUAUAUCCAUCACUCCAAUCUUUGGUAAGGUGGUUGAAGCGGUCAUCAAGCCCCAACUUGAGGACUUCUUUGAGAGGAAUAACCUUUUUUCAGACAUGCAAUUCGGUUUUCGCAGAGGGAGGUCUACUUUUGAUGCGGUAAAUCGGGUUGCUGAACGGAUUGGUUCAGCAUUUGAGGAUGGUGAAUCCCUGCACUGA